AUGGAGUACGCGAAGGGGUUGCUGAACCGCGCCAAGGAGCUUGCAGUUCAGACGGCGCAAGAGAUCCAGGGGCAGCGUAACGUAGCGCAAGAAACACGGGAGCCACCUUCAACGGUACUCUCUCCGUCUGCCAGUUUAUCGUCGCCAACAGUCCAAACCAUCGAAGCCCGGAUUGGCCGUUUCAAGACGGAGCUCAGGGGGUCCCGUAUAAACCUUGAUAAUCUCAAACGACUGGCAUUCAACGGCAUACCGGACAGCGGCAAUCUUCGGGCUACCGUGUGGAAGCUGCUGCUGGGCUACUUGCCCUUGACCCCGGAGGACUGGAGCAAGGAACUCGCCAAGAAGCGGACCACGUACCAUGUUUUCUGCGAGGUAGGGCGAUCUCUUAAGCACGUUAAGGCAAGGUGCGUAGCCACGGCUUCCGCUGGAGGAGGGUACAUCGAAUGGAAAGAGCCUGUAGAGGACCACCCGCUGUGCCUCUCACAGACAUCAAAAUGGAACACGUAUUUUAAGGAUUCGGAGAUUAUGGUACAAGUAGAACGAGAUGUGCUGCGGACCCAUCCCGACAUGCACUUCUUCACGGGGGACACUCCGGAUGCAGAGGCUCACCGGGAGGACAUGAAGCGUGCGCUGUUCAUGUACGCCAAGCUCAACCCAGGGCUGCGGUACAUUCAGGGCAUGAACGAGCUCAUCGCGCCGCUGUACUACUUAUUUCGCAAUGACACACAAGACCUACACGCCGCGAAGUACGCUGAGGCGGACGCGUUCUGGUGCUUUAUGGAGCUCAUCUCAGACUUCCGCGAUCACUUUUGCCAGCAACUGGACAACGCUUCGACGGGCAUCAAGGCCACCAUCAGGCGCUUGAUGCUGGUGCUGCAAUACUAUGAUCGAGAGCUGUGGCAUCAUAUGGAAGUGGUGCACAAGGUGGGUGUCUGGGUUGCACGUGUUGACCCGCAAUUCUACGCGUUCCGUUGGUUGACGCUCUUGCUCAGCCAGGAAUUCGCCUUUCCGGAUACCUUGCGCAUCUGGGACACAAUUCUAAGCGAUCCGCACGGACGGAUGGACUGCCUACUGCGGAUAUGCGUGGCCAUGAUCCUGAACGUGGGCUCCAUCCUUCGAAACGGCGACUUCACGGUGAUCCUUAAGACGCUUCAGAGAUAUCCGCCUGUCGAUGUCAACGUCCUGUUGCAGCGUGCGGCUGAAAUGCCGCCCUGUAGCGUUGUCUUGGGCGCACGUGUGUAGCGCAGUGGAGGGGGCCAUGUCUAUCCCCAUACGGAUAGUCACGCUCGUUCGCUCGGAACUAUUAUCAUAAAGGCAGCAACCUAUGCCAGAUUGGCAUUUAAGUUUUUAUGAAACCAGGAGGCAGAAUGAAACGAUGCAGACUGCAAAAAAGCAGCUGUUUUUGAGCGUUAGAUGUAAUUAGUCACUCGUUUUGUGCUCGGGCUUUGAUUUAUAUGGUAAUCAAAUGUU